AUGCCACCUACAAAUACCCCCACAUCCGACUCGUCAAGCUCAGGCGGAGCUCCCCCCGGCGCCGUGAACAUCACAUCUCUCUCUGUGCCUCAACUCCGCGCCCUCCAAACCCGCCUCACCUCGGAGCUUGAGCAUCUGACCACCUCGCAUCAGAAACUGCGCGCCGCGCAAUCCAGAUUCCGUGAUUGUGUGCGAUCCAUCAAUGAUGGGGUUGUGGGGUCGGAGAAGAAGGGAACAGCUGGGAAGGAUGAUAUACUGGUUCCUCUGACGAGCUCUCUGUAUGUGAGGGGUAAGCUCGCGGAUCGAGAAAAGGUGCUUGUCGAUGUUGGGACGGGCUUUUAUGUUGAGAAGGUUAGUUGA